CGGGGAUGCCGUCCACAGGCGAGGGUCUCCCAGACUGUCCUUACGCCAUCCUAGGGCCGUCUCCCCGCCGCUGGCGCGCCGGAGCGCUGCACUAUUCGACGUGCGCGACCGUCAACUCGCCUCUGCUCACCCGAUCACAGAAAAUCGCGUAUCGCCGGCCGGGCUCGUAUCCAAGCCUCCCCGGAGCUCUACACGUUCCCGGCAAGUCACACCGUUGUGCACGAAGAUACUCGCGGCGUGCAGAAGCGCAGGGCGCCCGGCUCGGCGUGCGGGAUGGGCCAAGCUCGUGGACGCCCCGACACCUGCGCCUCGCAUACUAGAGGGCCAAGAACUAGUCGUACGGCACGCCCGGACGUCCCUCCUCAUGUGCAACGGCAUCGCAGGU